AUGUCAAAUGCCAAUUAUCAAUUCCCACCAUCUUCACCAUUGCACGAUGCUGAAGAGGUGCUCCUUCAUCAUAACAAAGAUCCAUUCGCAUUAACAAAUGGAAAGAAACCACAGUCGUUGGAAGACAACUCGAGACAAUCACGUACUGUUGAGUAUCCUACGCCAAACCCAUCAUCAUCAUUAUUUAGAUCAUCAUCGCCUGCAAGGGAGGAGGCUGGUGUUGAGGGAGGCAAAUUUACCACAAGUAGGCAAAACAAAGACAUCAACAACAUCAAUAAAAAGCGGACAGUUGCUAUUAAUAAGAACUUUAAUAUUUUAAAAUCGGAUACUUCAAUAUUACGAAUCCCAUUUUUGUCAAAUCAUGGUGAGUUUGCCAUUGGUAGAUCGUCUCAAACUUGUCAAUACAAUUUAAAUGCUAAGGAUUCAUUUAUUUCGCGUGCUCAUGUUAGAAUCAACUAUACUCCACAACAAAUGGUUAUCAACUGUGUUGGUGCAAAUGGAAUGGGAAUAGUGAUUCCGAAAACCUGCUUUGUUUACGCAAAACCCAGCAACAAGAAUGAUUACAUUGUUAUUGAAAACACCACUGGUGAACCAUUAUCAACAAAUAAGAGCCUUUCCGAUUCAAUCAAAUUGGCAACUGACUAUUCCCAGUUUUAUAUUCAUAAAGGUGAACUGGUUACCCUACCCCGUAGAUUUGAAAAUGUAUUAUUGGAGAUUUCGAAACUGGUGGUGUUGUUAAACCCCAUGGAUGUUGACGAACCAUUGACUGAUAAUGAUGAGGAAUUGACUGAUGAUGAAGAGUUGGUCUUGAUUAAGAAUAUUGGCAACUCACACAUACACAAGACCGGUACUGAUCACGAUUUGACACCCUUGAAUAAGAUUUUGAGCAGUUCGGUACCUCAAACUCCAUCAAAACCUAAAACCGAUUCAAUCACAAUGAUGCAAUCAUCGCCAAAACAAGGAGAAGAAGAGAUGAACAUGAAUCGUGGUGAACAAGUGGCUCGUGAUGAAGAGGAUGAGGAUGAUUAUUAUCAAACUCCAAGUAAACACCAUCUGAUUAAAUUAAGACAACCCCAACCUGGUAAAACGGUACAAUUCGACAUUUAUUCCAAUAAAGUUGAUGGAGAACCAUCACCUCAUAAACGCAGUUUGUCAAACCCUCUGAAUAUGGUCUUGACUGAUGUUACCAAUACCGAUAAUAGUGGUAACAGCUUCAGACGAGCAUCGUCAGCAGAGCCCCAUACGGAAAAGACAACAACCAACACGAACCGUCAUAAGCUUGAUAAACAUGUAACCAAUGAGAGGAAAGGUUUCAGCAGCGACGCCCACCAGCAGGAGCCAAUGAUAAAAAAGAGAAAGAAACAGAUUACUCGCCAACAAACCCCUGAGCUCGAUAAUUCCGCAUUAUCAUUACCCAACUUGUCAGAAAUUGAAAACAUCCUCGUCAAUCACUUGGCAUUUUCGCGCCUAAGUUCAACCCCAGCAUCUUUUUUGAAUACAAUUUCGGCAGCAACUUCCAAACUCUCUCUUUUACAAGUGAGGUCAAUUUUACAUAAUUUGAAAUGUAUUGGCAUUAUUUAUCGUCAGGGAACUGAUGCCGCUGGGAAACCAUUGGAAGAGGAAUAUUAUUACAUGCCGGAACAAGAUGAUGAUGAAGGUAGACAAAACUUGGUUUCGAAUGUUAAAGGCCAUGGCGGGUUGAGAUCAUGUAGGCGGACUCAUAAGCAAUAUUAUUGGAAGAAACCGGCUCCUAUAAAGAAGUAG